AUGGCUUGGUGUGCUCUCCAGCUCUUAGCUCUCUUGCAAAUUGUUUUUGCAAUCAAUAGCACUUCCUAUGCUGAAGUGGAAAGACUCAUUCAACAGCACGGUGGAGGUCAAGGAAGCUUAGAUGUGGUUGGUUUCUAUCCUCCAAUACCCGGUGACAAAUUUAACAACAACUAUGCGGAAACUUCAGAGACGUUGGAUGGCACAGUUCACGAGGAACAAGUUUUACCAGCGGGUAGACUUCCUCAAGGAGUUCAGUGGAACGAAGAAGGGCAGUACUGGGGAUAUCAGCAUUUACCUCCGCGAAGCACUACCUGGGAUGAAGCUAGCUGUAUUCCACCAUACUGCAUUCCAGCUAUGUGUUCAGAUACAGGGUCAGGACCUCUCUGCUCUCAAAAAUGCGUUACUGAAGACUGCAGAGUCGGAUGUUUUCCUUUUUGCAUUGGUGGGUCUCAGUGCAUCGGUAGAAUUUGUCAAUGUGACAUUUUUCGAAGGCAGUCUGCUUGCAAUCUAAUUAGGUCUUCAGACUGUCAGAAUAUCUUUGGCCUCUCCUGCUCAAUAGGUUGCUUCAAGCCGUCAACAGAUAUUCCACCAUCUAACUGCGACUGCUUAAUUCCAUUUUAUUUGCGCCUUCAGCCUAUGUGUGCCACAGAAAGUUUGCUUAACUGCCCAAAUAAUUGUUCGAACAAUGGGAUUUGCGAUCACAAGACAGGCCAAUGCAUAUGCGAUACCGGCUUUACCGGUCCCAGCUGCUCAUCAAAGGAUUACUGUUUUAACAAUCUUGGACUACCUCCUUGUGAAUAUGGGUGCAUUUCUUUGAAUAAUAGUCGUAUGUGCACCUGUCCAGAAAAUUUAGUUCUUCAACCUGACGGGGUCACCUGCGGUAGUCCCUGUCCUCCUGGGCUAACCGGACCACGAUGCUCUUAUGACAUAGACGAGUGUCUGACGGGAAUUCACGAUUGCGAAUAUUAUUGUGUCAAUACAUUUGGUUCGUAUGCAUGCAGAUGUCUUCCGGGCAUGACUCUAAAUCCGCUGGACAACAGGACGUGCAUUGGAAAAACCUGUGAUCCCCCUUGCCUGCCUGAACAGGGGGAAUGCAUUGCGGGUGGGGUGUGCAAGUGUAAUCCUGGAUUUCAGGGUUCCAGCUGUGAGUUUGAUGUGGAUGAAUGCGCUUUGGGAACCAGUGGGUGUAACCACGACUGCGUAAAUACCUUUGGCUCAUUUCGAUGUCUUUGCAGACCGGGCUAUGAACUAGAUACACGAGAUAACAAGACUUGCAUUGAAAUGGAAUGUACCCCUCAUUGCGUACCGGGACAGGGCAAUUGUGUGGAAGGACGAUGUAAGUGCAAUGAGGGCUUCGAAGGCAGAACCUGUGAGAAGGAUAUAGACGAAUGUGCGGCUGGACUACACAAUUGUCAAGAUCGGUGUGUAAACACCCAUGGUUCAUUCCGUUGUGAAUGUCGAUCUGGCUAUAUUUUAGACCGUCGUGACAAUCGCUCCUGUAUUCCUCGAGAAUGCAUCCCACCAUGCUACCCCGAUCAAGGUGUGUGUGUUGAAGGCCAAUGCCAAUGCAAUCAAGGAUUUCAAGGGACAGCAUGUGAACGUGACGUAGAUGAAUGUCGAGAAGGACUACAUAAUUGUGAACAGCUAUGUUUUAACACUUACGGCUCUUUUAAAUGCGCUUGUCGUGAAGGGUACAAACCUUUACACACUGAUCUCAGUCGUUGUGAAAGAAUUAAGUGUGAGCCAGAAUGUGUCCCGGGUCAAGGUGUGUGUAAAAAUGGAAUUUGUCAGUGUCAUAAAGGAUUUACAGGGCGAUUCUGUGAAAGAGAUGUGGAUGAAUGUCGUGAAGGACUGCACAAUUGUGAGCAAGAGUGUGUGAAUCUCCCUGGAGGUUUUAAGUGCAGAUGUUUUGAGGGUUACCGACCAUCGUCUCAUGAACCGAACCGUUGUGAACCUCUCGUAUGUAAACCGGAAUGCGUUAAGGGACAAGGUUAUUGCCGCAAUGGCGUCUGUGAGUGUCACCGCGGCUACACAGGGAACGCUUGCGAACGGGAUGUUGACGAAUGCUAUGAAGGAACGCAUGACUGUCAGCAAAAAUGCAUUAAUACACAUGGUUCUUACAGGUGCACUUGCGAUGAAGGCUACCGCCCUGUUUCUUCAGAUCCUCGCCUUUGUGAACCCAUACAUUGUGACCCCAGUUGUGUUCCUGGCCAAGGGCAAUGCGUGCAAGGCGUAUGUGAAUGUAAAGAAGGCUUCAGAGGGGUGGCGUGUGAAAGAGAUGUGGAUGAGUGCAGUGAAAAUCAUCACGGUUGCGAGCACAACUGCAUAAACACUCAUGGAUCCUAUAACUGUACGUGCAAUGAGGGUUAUCAACCCUCUUCGUAUGAUCCACGACGCUGCGAACCACUUCAUUGUGACCCUGAAUGCAUAUCAGGUCAGGGAGUGUGCUACAAUGGUGUCUGCCGAUGCAAUCAGGGUUUCACAGGGAAGUCAUGUGAAGAAGAUGUUGAUGAGUGCAAGCUAAGGAUCGACGAAUGUGAUCAUGAAUGCGUCAACACGUUUGGCGCCUACGAGUGCAGAUGUGAUCCAGGCUAUGAGCCUUCGUUAAAUGAUUCCCAUAAAUGUGUCCCAGGUGAUUGCAUGACUAACUGUGUUCCGGGCAAAGGUGACUGCGAUGAGUACGGUCGUUGCAUCUGCCGUCCUGGUUAUGAAGGCCCCUAUUGUCAGCACGAGGCUGACUUAUGCUCAUCGGGCCAUCACGAAUGCGAACACAUAUGCGUUAGUCUGCCCGGAAAACGCCAUCUUUGUCGGUGCUACCCUGGGUACAUUCCUGAUCCCAAGAAUCCCAAUCGGUGCAUCGAAUACGGUUGUCACCCACCUUGCGAAAUCAGUCAAGGUGAGUGUAACAUGGAGACGAAGACGUGCAUGUGCAACACUGGGUUCGAAGGAGAGCGAUGUGAACGAAACAUAAAUGAAUGUGCUAUUGAUAAUGGCGGAUGUUCGAAUUUAUGUGUGGAUACAUAUGGUUCUUACUACUGUGAAUGUCCCCUUGGUAUGCAUUUGGAGUCCAACAGCACUACCACGUGUGUAAAUGAUGAGCUCUGUGAUCCGCCCUGCUGGCCGGGCCGAGGUGUUUGUGUAGCCAGGAAUAGUUGCAAAUGCAAUGACGGAUUCACUGGGAAGCACUGCGAAAUAAUUCAAGAUGCGUGCAAGGCUUUUGGACCCUGUGAGCAGGAGUGUAUCAGUCUAGGCGGUGAAGCAUACGAAUGCAGAUGUUGGAAGGGUUACAUACCCAUCCAGUCCAACAACGUAACUACGUGUAAGCCCUCUUGCCAGGUCGGCGAAAACUGCAUCCACGGUCGAUGUGUAGAUGGUCGGUGCGUUUGUCAGGCAGGGUUUGUUGGUGAACAGUGUGACAGGGACAUUGAUGAGUGCAAAGGAGAGGGAGGUGUCCAAGUGAAUUGUGAACAACUCUGUGUCAAUAUCCCUGGUCGCUAUGAAUGCCAAUGUAAAUCAGGCUAUGAGCUCCAGCCAGAUGGAUUCACAUGCCGCAGAGUUGACAGUAACAAGGACUGUCCCGAGGGUUGUCUGAACGGCGGUGUUUGUGCCAGUGGAUGCCAAUGCCCAUCUGGAUUUCGUGGGACACGGUGUGAAGAAGCUAUUGACGUUUGCAGAGAGGAGGAGCCAUGCGAUCAGGUGUGUUACAGCAAGCCGGUAAGUUUCUCUUCCCAACAGUCUCGGCUGGAAUAUAUAUGUCCUGCUUAA